UUACUUACUGGCCGCUGUCUUUUGCAGCCUCAUCGCUUGCGCCGUUUCUGGUCCAUCGCGGUAUUGAGGCCAAGACCGCUUGGCUGGAGCUUAGUGCAGUCCAAGCAUACCGAUAGCCUACCAUGGCCGAAAAGUACGACUUCGACCAUGCCGUCGAACGUGAAGAUGCCUCGCUGCCCAAUACGGGUGAGCCUGUGGUCAGCAUGAGCAUUGGAAGAUACUUUGCAACGCGCUUCAGCACUCUCAAACCACCCAUGGACAGGCUGGAGAAUCCCAUCGCCCUUCUCCGCCUCUUGAACCUCAAACAAUGGCUCUUCUUUCUCUGCGCCUUCAUCGCCUGGACAUGGGACGCCUUUGACUUCUUCACCGUCUCAUUGACCGUGUCCGACCUCGCCGAACAGUUUGAUAAAUCCAAAAAGGACAUUACCUGGGGCAUCACUUUGGUCCUCAUGUUUCGAUCUGUCGGCGCCAUCACUUUUGGACUCGCAUCGGAUCGGUACGGAAGGAAAUGGCCCUUUGUUGUCAACAACUUGCUCUUUAUCGUUUUGGAAAUCGGUACAGGGUUCUGCAAUACGUAUGAUCAAUUCCUGGCCGUGAGAGCGCUCUUUGGUAUCGCCAUGGGGGGACUCUAUGGAAAUGUCGCUGCCAUGGCUCUCGAAGAUUGUCCUGAAAAGGCUCGUGGUAUCAUCUCUGGUAUGCUGCAACAAGGCUAUGCUUUCGGGUAUCUCCUUGCUACAGUUUUUGCGAGAGCUCUCGUGAAUACUACACCUCAUGGCUGGAGACCUCUAUUCUGGUUUGGAGGCGCCGUGCCUGUGCUGAUCAUUGCUUUCCGCUUAUGCUUGGGAGAAACCGAGGCGUACGAAGAAAGGAUGAGGGUAAGAGAAGGCAGCCAGAAUGUAGGGAAAACGUUCAUGAAAGAGGGUCAAGUGGCGCUCAAGAAGCAUUGGAUCUUGCUCGUGUAUAUGGUGCUGCUGAUGGCCGGGUUCAACUUCAUGUCUCAUGGCAGUCAGGACUUGUACCCAACCAUGCUGUCGAAUCAGUACAACUUCUCGGCGGAUGCAGUAACUGUGACACAAGUCGUCGCCAACCUUGGAGCUAUUGCGGGUGGCACAACGAUUGGAUAUCUGUCCCAGUCGUUAGGUCGCAGAUUCAGCAUCAUCUUCGUCAGCAUCGUUGGAGGCGCACUCCUGUACCCGUACAGCUUUGUGGGCAACGAGAAGGUCAUGGUGGCAGCUUUCUUUGAACAGUUCUGUGUGCAGGGCGCUUGGGGUGUGAUUCCGAUCCACUUGAUGGAGCUGUCUCCCGGAUCCCUGAGAGCAUUCGUGGUUGGUACGUCUUAUCAGCUUGGUAACUUAGUAUCGUCGGCUUCGAGCACAAUCGAGGCCACCAUUGGCGAGCGCUUCCCAUUGGAGCCUAAGAUCGUAAAGGGGAAGCCUGUCGAGCGCUAUGCGUAUGGGAAAGUGAUCUGUAUUUUUCUCGGUUGCGUCUAUGCCUAUGUCAUACUGCUGACUUUUCUCGGUCCGGAGAUGAGAGGCCGUUCCAUGCUCGCGCGGACUGAUGAGGAUCUGGCAGAGGCUGCGGGACAGGAUGCCAUGGACACUGUCCAGCACGGCAAGGCCUUCCGAAAUGCGUCGACGCUGAGUGAGAAGAAUGAACACGUCUAGGUACCUAGGUAGUCGAGCAUAUAGCUGGCAGGGCGUGAAAUGCAAGGAGUAUCAAUGUAGCACGAAUCGAACUCUUAC